GCCUGACCGGAUGAUGACAGAAGUUUUCACUGGAAGCCAGUUACUUUUAUUAUACACUGACCCGCUAACUAGCUGACAAGUUCACUGAAUUUAGCCUUUUCCGUCUUUUUUCCUUAAUAAAUAAAAGGAAGUAGAAGACAGACUUUCAAAAAGAAGCAGUGGCAGGCUGCUGAGCCAUUUGGAAACUUUUUUUUUUCCCUCCCUUUGGAAGAGCGAACCAUAAUUUGACUAGCGAGGUGUCUGGGAUAAAGCCCGCAGGGCUCACCGAGGCACCGCUAUGGGAAACCGGGGGAUGGAGGACCUCAUUCCCCUCAUCAACAAGCUGCAGGACGCCUUCAGCUCCAUCGGCCAGAGCUGCAACUUGGACCUGCCGCAGAUAGCGGUGGUCGGCGGGCAGAGCGCAGGGAAAAGCUCCGUGUUGGAGAAUUUCGUUGGAAGAGACUUUUUACCCAGAGGAUCUGGCAUCGUCACCCGCCGUCCGCUCAUCCUCCAGCUGGUUAACAAUAAAGCAGAGUAUGCGGAGUUCCUGCACUGUAAGGGACGCAAGUUUGUGGACUUUGACGAGGUCCGCAUGGAGAUCGAAGCAGAGACCGACCGGAUCACCGGGUCAAACAAAGGGAUCUCCCCCGUCCCCAUCAACCUCCGCGUCUACUCCCCGAACGUGUUGAACCUGACCCUGAUUGACCUGCCGGGGAUGACCAAGGUCGCCGUGGGCGACCAGCCUCCGGACAUCGAGCACCAGAUCAGAGACAUGCUGCUGCAGUUCAUCGUCAAGGAGAGCUGCCUGAUCCUGGCAGUCACUCCGGCCAACACAGACCUGGCAAACUCAGAUGCUCUCAAAAUCGCCAAGGAGGUGGACCCGCAAGGGCUGCGGACGAUUGGCGUGAUCACGAAGCUGGACCUGAUGGACGAGGGGACGGACGCACGAGACAUCCUGGAAAACAAACUGCUGCCACUUCGCAGAGGCUACAUCGGGGUGGUGAACCGCAGUCAGAAGGACAUCGACGGAAAGAAAGAUAUCCGCGCUGCUUUGGCGGCUGAGAGGAAGUUCUUCCUGUCUCACCCCGCAUACAGGCACAUCGCCGAACGCAUGGGCACCCCGCACCUGCAGAAGACCCUCAACCAGCAACUCACCAACCACAUCCGCGACACGUUGCCGGGGUUACGCAGCAAGCUGCAGAGCCAGAUGCUGUCGCUGGAGAAAGAAGUGGAGGAGUACAAGAACUUCCGGCCCGACGACCCGACCCGGAAGACCAAAGCCCUGCUCCAGAUGGUGCAGCAGUUCGGUGUGGACUUUGAGAAGUGCAUCGAAGGGUCCGGAGACCAGGUGGACACCUCCAACCUGUCCGGCGGAGCGAAGAUCAACCGGAUCUUUCACGAGCGCUUCCCAUUCGAGCUGGUGAAGAUGGAGUUUGAUGAGAAGGAGCUUCGCAAAGAAAUCAGUUACGCCAUCAAGAACAUCCAUGGAGUCAGGACAGGUCUCUUCACCCCAGACUUGGCUUUUGAGGCCAUAGUGAAAAAGCAGGUCAUUAAGCUGAAAGACCCCUGUCUGAAAUGCGUAGACCUGGUCGUCACCGAGCUGGUCACCCUGAUCAGGAAGUGCUCGGAGAAGUUGGAUUCGUACCCUCGACUGAGAGAAGAGACGGAGAGGAUCGUCACCACUCACAUCCGAGAGAGAGACAACAAGACCAAAGACCAGGUGCUGCUGCUGAUUGACAUCGAGCUCUCCUACAUCAACACCAACCAUGAAGACUUCAUCGGGUUUGCAAACGCCCAGCAGAGGACCGCUGCCAACGCCACCAAGAAGAGAGUCAUGCCCAACCAGGUGAUCCGCAGAGGCUGGCUCACCAUCAACAUCAGCAUCAUGAAGGGCGGAUCCAAGGACUACUGGUUCGUCCUGACCGCCGAGUCUCUCUCCUGGUACAAAGACGAGGAGGAGAAAGAGAAGAAGUUCAUGCUGCCUCUCGACAAUCUGAAGCUGAGAGACGUGGAAAAGGGCUUCAUGUCCAGCAAGCACGUCUUCGCUAUCUUUAACACCGAACAAAGGAACGUGUACAAAGACCUGCGUCAGAUCGAGCUGGCCUGCGACACCCAGGAAGACGUGGACAGCUGGAAGGCCUCCUUCCUCAGAGCCGGCGUUUACCCAGAGAAAGACCAGCACGAGAACGAGGACGCCAUGAUUCCCGGGGACACGGUGUCCAUGGACCCACAGCUGGAGCGCCAGGUGGAGACCAUCCGCAACCUGGUGGACUCGUACAUCAGCAUCGUCAACAAGUCCAUCAGGGACCUCAUGCCCAAGACCAUCAUGCACCUCAUGAUCAACAACACGAAGGACUUCAUCCACUCGGAGCUGCUGGCCUACCUGUACUCGGCCGGAGACCAGGGCAGCCUGAUGGAGGAGUCGGCGGAGAAGGCUCAGAGGAGGGACGAGAUGCUGAGGAUGUACCACGCCCUGAAGGAGGCGCUCGUCAUCAUCGGAGACAUCAGCACCACCACCAUCUCCACGCCGGUGCCGCCACCCGUAGACGACACUUGGAUCGCCAAAGAAGCGAGUCCUCCUGCGGCGUCCCGACCUCUCGCGUCAACCGCACCCCCUCCCAACCGGCCCCCGGCGGCGAGGGGCACCCCCGCGGGUGCGCCCGCUCCUCUGAAUCCGUCGCCGGCGUUCGGAGCGCCGCCCGUUCCGUCUCGUCCCGGCGCUCCGUCGCCGUACGAUGCCAACUCGGCCGUGCCCCUCAUUCCUUCGAGGCCGCCCCGCGUGCCUCCAGCUCUGCCGCCGGGAAUUCCCAGCAGAAGACCGCCGGCUGCACCCAACAGACCCACCAUCAUCCGCCCUUCAGAGCCCUCCCUGCUCGACUAGAAACUCCCUCAAACGUCAUUUUGUUUUCCUUUUUUUCUCUCCAUCUGGUCUCUCAGACCCUGUUUACACUUUUCUAUCGCUUACAAGCAGAAAUGUUCUACUAAAAAUAGUUUCUACUCUGUGAUUACAAACUACUGUUAUGCUCUUAGGUCUGUGCUUUUCAGAGGCAUUUUUGUGUAGAUAUUUUUUUUUUUUCCUUAAAGCGACGACAUGAAGGCAAAAUGAAAAGAUAUAAAUUUGAUGACAAAUUUAAAGCCUUCCUCAGAAACUUUGUAAUAAAAUCCAUCUUAAAGCGGCGUAUGAUGUACAACUUUUUUUUAUGACGUAAGAGAAAUGUUUGUGAGCUGAACACUUGCUAAUGUUAAAUCUGCAGCAUUGACACACUAACAGCAUUUAACGAAAAUAAUUAUUCUCACAUGGUUUUUCUUUUCACUUAAGUUGAUUUAUAACAUUCAGCUUCUUGCCAGAUAGUUUUUUUUUUCCUUAAUAACACACUCCUGUUAGGUUUAUUGCUUCUCCUUCUGUGGGAAAUGCAAACCUAAAUCAGAGAUGGAAACCAGAAGGGAAGUGCUGACGUCUUAUGUAACACUAAUAACUACACAGAUGUUGAUGUAAGAAUGUCCUGUGCCUGCGAGUUUCCACAAAGCUUACCGUCAAUGGAACAAAUGUCACAACGUCUUUGAAAUUUCAUCAGCGCAUAAAGCCAUUUGUUAAAUAAAUCUGAGAGACGUCGCCUUUAUGUUUAUGAAUAAAACACAAAUCGAGACCAAAA